CAUUUCUACGUCCUAUCAUUCUGAUCGCAUACAUCAAGCAUCAUGAAGGUGGCUAUAGUUCUUCUCUCUGCGGUGGCUCUCAGUCUCUCGGCUCCGCAGCCGAGGAAGAUUUUCCACGAGCAUGCCGAGGACUUCCUCGAGCUGAUCAACGAUGAAGCCGGCCACGAAAUGAUGCACCUGGUCGAACACUAUAUCGAGUUCGAAGAGUUCACCAAGUCUCUUGACUAUAUGGCCACUCCCAACUUCAGAUCUCUCGUCUACGAAAUGGAAUCUUUACCCGAAUUCAAAGCCGUGAUCGACUUCUUGGAAAAAGACAAUAUUGACAUUAUGUACUUCAUCGAAAGAUUGAAUGAAAUAAUCGACGACAUCCAAAACGACAAAAGAGCUCGCCACUCAUUGAGCGGUAGGGACAUGACCGCUUUCAUCAACGACUGCAUCGCUGUCUUCCCCAAGGACAAGCUGACGGCACUCUACGAACAGAAGGUUGAGGAAGACGAAGAAUUCAGAGUCGCCAUGGAGAACCUGAACAGCGAUGAAUGGGACCAAGUGUGGAACGCCCUCUGGCAGAGUGAGACCUUCAUCGAGGAAGCUAACAUUCUUCUUGAGAAUGGAAUCGAUCUGCAAGUACUCCUUCGAGAGGUUAAAGCUGUGUUUGGACAGUUCAAGAAAUAAAUUAAUAUUUAUCAAAUAUUUUGAAGUGCAAGAAUAAAUAAAAUUUAAUUAAAUUA